CACUAUUGCUCAUACACUUCUCUGUGUCUCUGAGGAUGGGGAGAGUCCUUUGGGUUUGUGUGACAGUCAUUCUACUGGGAAACCUGAUGACUUCUAGAGAACCUGAGACAAGAGACAAUGUGAGUAUACAGAUCAUCAACUUCAACUUUGAAAGGACACAUGUUAAGUGGAAUGUCAGUGAAUAUCUGGCUGAGAAGAAUUUAACUUUCUUUUAUGGAUUGGACAAAGCUUCACCUUCACAACAAUGUUCUCAUUACACUUUUGAUCAUGGUUAUACUGCUGGAUGUCUUUUUAAGGCUGGAGACAACAGACUGACUUUUUUACUCAAGAGAGAAGAAGAUGAAGUAUUUGAACGAAGGAAUGUAAGGCUUAGCCGUUACUUAAAACCCAGUUCUCCAACCAAUGUGAGCUUCACAUGGAGAGAAGACUCAGUUACAGUAACAUGUUCUGAUUUGCCUAUUUCUGGUCUCACCUAUGAAAUUCAGCACAAAAGCAUCUUUGAUCAAAAAUGGCUGCCCAACACGAAUACAAUAUGUAACAUUACAAUAGAUGGCUUGGAUUCUGAGAAAUGUUAUUUCUUCCGGGCCAGAGUGAUAACAAGAAUGGCUAUUUAUGGCAGUAAGACAUACCCUAGUGAUUGGUCCACUGUAACACACUGGAGGAGGAACAAAUUGGAAGAUUCAUGCACUGACAUAAUCAAAACACCUUCCCCAAAAUAUGUCUACAUAAUUACUAGUCUGGUUGUCUUCCUAAUGGUAUUGCUUCUCCUUUUAUUUUUGAGGAAAUCAGCAAGAGUUAAGAAAUUAUUCAUACCCAUUGUACCUGAUCCCAAAUAUGCUUUUCCUGGUCUAUUUGAUUGUCACGGAGGAAACUUUCAGGAGUGGAUCCAGGAUACGGAAAAUGUGACCAGCCCAGCUAAAGCAGAACAUUUGGAGUGGGAAUGUGUUGUUGAGGAGGGGCUUAUAGAGGAACUCGCCAAGAAGGACGCCAAAGACGAAGAGGGGAAAACCUUUCAGGAAUAUCCACAAUUGAAUGAAGACAAUCUGAGCUCUAAUCAAAUCUCUUGUGUCCCACCUCAAGGCAAUGACACUAUUUGCCUGGGUGAUCUUAAGUUUGUUAUGAAUGAUAAUAUGUAUGUUGUAUUAUGAAGCUGCAGGGUGCACAGAUAGGAGAUGGGGUCUAGGCCAGGAUCAGCCUAGUAGGUUUCUGGAAUUGAUGCCAACAAUGGUAAUAAUUACCAUCUGUAGAGUGCUUUAAAAUUUGCAAAACACUCCAUAAAUAUCUCAUUUUUUACUCACAACAAC